AUGCUCAGCGCAUUACGGCGGCCGGUGCAGGCGGCGCUUAGGACGCGUCUGUACGCCACUGCCACCACCCAGUCUACUGGUUCCUCGCAGCGGUUCGCGCCACCGGGUACUUCCCCAAGAAAUAGCGGGCAGAAUAGUUCCAACGCCAGACCUCCGAGGCAGGACGAGGAGGAGGACGGGAUAGACGCACGCGACUGGCGCUGGAAGGACAAGCCGGAAUCUUCUGCAUUCUACUCGCUCAACUCUGGCUACUACGAUCAACUGGAGAGUCUGCAGCGUGCAGUACAUUCUACACGCCGGGCCCUUACCGCACUCGAGCUCUUACCGUUGCCCGACUUUGCCCGAGCAUCGCUACCAACUCUCACGCCGUACUGGCGCUCGCGUCGCGACAUGUCCGAGCUUUUCGAUAAUCCGCUCAGCACACGCAACUACGCCGACCUCAUCAAGCUUCUGCGCCAGCUGCAGAGUUACUACAACAUUGCGAACACGGCAGGGCACGUGCAGUUCGCAAAUGGACUCGCAGAUGUCCUGCGUAUCUACGAGCACUCGGACAAGGAUAAGAUCCUUGCACGUGGGACUCGCAAGCUCGCACGAUUCGACAAGUACGGGCGCACAUACUCCGUCGGUCGGCGCAAAACCAGCUCUGCGCGCGUCUGGAUUAUUCCGAAGCUCAAAGCGGACGAAGCGUCUCUCGCGGACAAGGAUGCUGGACGCACGGCACCAGAGAAUAUCGACCAUGGGCUCCCGACUACGGAGGUCAUUGUUAACGGCCGGCCACUGCGCGAGACGUUCGUUCAGGCAGCGGAACGUGAGCGUGUACUUCGUCCGUUGAGGUUAGCAGGUGUGCUUGGUGCAUAUAACAUUUUUGCCAUCAGCCGAGGCGGCGGCACCUCUGGGCAGGCUAGUGCGGUCAUGCAGGCCGUCGCGAAGGGUCUCGCAGAGCAUGAGCCUGAGAUGCGUGAGACACUCAGGAAAGCCAAGCUUCUUCGUCGCGACCCGCGCAUGGUCGAGCGGAAGAAGCCCGGUCAACCCAAAGCCCGCAAGAAAUACGCCUGGGUCAAGCGGUGA